CGCAUAGUGGAUAAUCUAUGUUUCCAUUCAUCUGCAACAGUUCAUAUAUUUGUAUGGGAAUUUUCGAAAUACCAACCAGAUUUUCCAAAAAUCUCAUCAAAAACUAAUUUUUGCAAAGGAUUUUGAAAAGCUCUUUCCGAUAGAACUAUGUGUUCUCGUCUUAGCUGUCGCAUGGUGAAAACCGAAUGUCUCUCUCUUGUCUGUUCCCAUCAAAGUCAUUCAAAAAACAUUCACCAGCAUUCUUUUUUGAAACGAAUGGUCGUUUACUAAUAAGUUCAAUUUAUCUCGUUUUUCUUUUGUUUAGGAAGACCAAAUAAACCAGAUGAUAGUUGUUAUUCAUUCUGGAUAGGUGCCACUCUCAAAAUGUUAAAUGCUUUCGAUUUCAUCGAUGUUGAAAAAAAUCUAGAUUUUCUUCAUUCAACAGAAAAUUCAAUAACCGGUGGCUUUAGCAAAUGGCCUAAUUCUUCAGCUGAUCCGUUACAUUCAUAUUUAAGUUUAGCUGCACUGUCAUUAAUGUCAAAUCCAAGUCUGAACGAAUUACAUCCGGCAUUAAUUGUAUCACAAAAUCGUAUUAAAUAUUUAAAAAAUGAACUACAUAGCAAAUGGUGA